AUGAAUCUCUACAAAUACCAUUCUUCUAUAGGAAUGAUUGGUGAUAUACCAACAAUUUCUUAGAGUUAAUUUCUUGCUUUAGCAAACAAAAUGAAAUUGACAGAUGGAAAAUUAUAUAAAAUAGUAGACAUUGAUUACAACUUUAUUUCAGCUAUCUCAAAUACCGAUAAGGAGCGCAACUAUUUAAAUCCUGAGAAAGCAGUUAUAAGAUUUUAAUUUUUAGAACUAAUAGUAAGAAUUAUCUGUGACAAAUAUAUGAGAAAGGGAAAUUGUAAAAAUGUUUAAAAAGCCAUCUAAAAAUUUUUUGAUAAAAAAUCUAUCAAAUCAGUAAUAGAAGAAAUAGAAGACCCUUAAAAAUGGAGAGAUGAAAGAUUCUGGAAUGAAGGAUGUGAAUAAGUACUAAAAAAUCACAUUGAUACCAUCUAAGAAAUAUGGCAUAGAUGGGCUGACAGUAAAAAAGAAGAAAAAAGAAACUUGAAAUUCCAAAAAUCUAUGAGUAUUUAUGAAUUUACUGAUAUGGUUAAGCAUUUUAAAUUGUUAAAGUUUAUUUGA